GAGCGCGGGUGGCGGGGCAGGCCGCGGGACAGCCGCAGGUGGGGCCUGGAGCGGUGGCCGGACAGGGGCAGCCCCGCAGCCCCGCGCGGGAGCCACGAUGCCCCGCGGGGACUCGGAGCAGGUGCGCUACUGCGCGCGCUUCUCCUACCUUUGGCUCAAGUUCUCGCUCAUCGUCUAUUCCACCGUGUUCUGGUUGAUUGGGGGCCUGGUCCUGUCAGUGGGGAUCUACGCAGAGGUGGAGCGGCAGAAAUACAAAACUCUGGAAAGUGCCUUCCUGGCCCCGGCCAUCAUCCUCAUCCUCCUGGGGGUAGUCAUGUUCAUUGUCUCCUUCAUCGGGGUGCUGGCUUCCCUCCGGGACAACCUGUGCCUUCUCCAGUCGUUUAUGUACAUCCUGGGGAUCUGCCUCAUAAUGGAGCUUAUCGGCGGCAUAGUGGCUUUGAUCUUCCGGAACCAGACCAUUGACUUCCUGAACGACAACAUCCGGAGAGGAAUCGAGAACUACUACGACGACCUGGACUUCAAGAACAUCAUGGACUUUGUUCAGAAGAAGUUCAAGUGCUGCGGCGGGGAGGACUACAGAGACUGGAGCAAAAACCAGUACCACGACUGCAGCGCCCCUGGGCCCCUGGCCUGCGGGGUGCCCUACACCUGCUGCAUCAGGAACACGACAGAUGUCAUCAACACCAUGUGCGGCUACAAAACAAUCGACAAGGAGCGCCUGAGUGCCCAGAACGUCAUUCACGUGCGGGGCUGCACCAACGCCGUGUUGAUCUGGUUCAUGGACAACUACACCAUCAUGGCGGGUCUCUUACUGGGCAUCCUGCUUCCUCAGUUCUUUGGUGUGUUGCUGACCUUGCUGUAUAUCACCCGAGUGGAGGACAUUAUCUUGGAGCACUCGGUCACCGACGGAUUGCUGGGACCUGGUGCCAAGUCCAGCGUGGACACAGCGGGCACUGGGUGCUGUCUGUGCUAUCCCAGUUAGGACCUGGUCCGGCACAGCAGCCUCAGCAGGACUGCACUGCACAGCAUAUCCCAGUCUACACAAGCCAGACAAAGGAGCUCCAGCUCCCCCGCCCACCUGAGGCGCCGACCAAAGCCCAGGGUGUAUGUGCUUGUGUACAGUGUCCGAUGGCCACUCCUCCCAGGGGAUGGCUGAGCCCCGCGGAACCCCAGGGGAUAAGGAUGACCCGGUUCUGGGCCCCAAAGAAGGAAGUUCAGGGCUCAGGAUGGGCUCAGUUUAUUUCCAGCAGUGCCUUGGCCAGUGGUCAUUACGCCCCGCCCCUUCAGGAGCAGUUCCGCGGUGGUUUUCAGGAGAGAGAAGAAAGUGCUGGGUUCAGCCCCAGUCCCACUGAGCCAGAUGUGCGGUUGGACCAUGUCUCAAAGUUCCAGGUGCCUUGAGCCCUCUGUAAGGCUCCUGCAUUGCCCACCUAUUUUCUACGUGGUUUCUUUCUUUCUUUCUUUUUUUUUUUAUAACAUUCAUGUUUUGUACACAAUUAACAAGAGUUUCUGGCUACUCAAAACUGGCCACCCCCACUUCCCCUCCCCAGUUCACUCAUCCCUCUGAGUCAGCUCAUUAAUCAAACAAUAAAGAUGUGAUUUUUUUGGGGGGGAUGGUGGUCUUUCAUUUGUAUUAUUUGAAAGUCUCUCGUUGGUGCAGGGGUUGAAGGAGAAACUGCUCUGGAGUGAAGAUUGGUAUAACUUGGGCCACUGAGGCCAGGGAGGCAGCCUGGACAAGCGCUAGUAUUUCACACACUAGGGGAAACUGAGGCUGAAUGGUAAGGCAUAAAAUGCCAUAGGUUGAGAAAUGGUCACACGGAGAAGUAGCUGAGCCCAAGGCUCGGGAAGGAGAUCUGCGACCGCAAAUUUACCCGUGUUAUAUAGAAAAACCUUAGUAGGAAUCCGCAGAUUGUAUCCAGGGACUCGUGCCAAGCAAAGCUUGGUGCUGGUCGCCCCCUGCUGGAAAUGGCAGGUCUUGCAGGAAGCGGCAACACAAGCAUGUGUCACUCCCAACCCCACCUGGGUUCUAGGUUUUCCGGACGUUCUUAGUAGAUGGGUCAGUAGAAAUAAAAUGUAAUCUCAGUGGUAUGGGUAAGGGCAGGGGCGGGGCUUUAAAAAGAAUGCCAUGGCAACAAUGACAUCAGAGAUCACGUGAGGCCAGGCCUAACCAUCUAAAGGCAUCUAACGCUCGCUCGUAGCUGUUUGUAGUCCUUCCUGUUAUCUCAGUUUUGUUGAUGGGAAACAGGCAGAGUGCUUAAGUAACUUGCUGAUGCACGGGACUGCUUUUGUAGCAUCUCUGCUUGAAUAGUGUCUGUCCAUAGACUCUCCUCGGUGUGCAGAAACCAGGCUUGACCAGGGCUGUGGCUCCCAUGCUUGCUAUGGAUGCUUCUGCCCAUCCCCCUUUGGUUGUUAAGAUAGUCUCAUGUAGUCCAAGUUGUGUAGCCGAGGAUGGCCUUAAACUUCAGACUCUCCUGCUUCAUCCUCAUGAAUGCUGGGAUCCCAGGCUGGCACUCCCACACCCUGGUUAUGGAAUGCUGGGGCUGGAGGCUCUUUAUAUCCUGGGCCCCACUGAGCCCCUUUGACUUGGGCACAGGGCUGACUGUUGAGCCCUCUAGCUCUGGUUGCUCUCAGAAUUCUUCUGUGCCCAGAGGAGAGGGCAGACACCUGUGAGGCACGACUAAUAAAAACUCAGGGAGAGAAACUAAGGUUCAACCUGAAGAUCCGGAAAGCAAAGCAGCCAGCUACUACUGGCUCUUCCCUUGACCUCAGUCCGAAAUGGUGAUCCUGCCUCCAGGAAUCUGAGAGUGAGACUGAGUGUUAAGAGAUGUUUCCUCCCGAUUUAUAAUCCUCUCUAGGACUGGGAUUAAAGGCAUGUACCACGAUGAUUAAAGGCAUGCACCACCUGGUUUCUAUGGCAACCAGUGUGUCUACUAGGA